CAAAUUUCCAAAAUUUAAUAGUAUGGUUGCAAUAUGGAUGUUUGACAAAUUCAGUUGCAGCAUCGUCCCCACUAAUUCCCCCGUUUCCUCGCUCCCGGUAGGCGCAGUACUCGGCUCCCUCUGAGUUACAUUCGAGCACACGAACUCCCGAUCGAUGGAUGAAAUUCUCCAAAUCCAACGCUUCAAAGUUCCUCUUUCAGCCUUAGAGUUCGAGUCUCUCAUAGAAUCUCGCAACGUUCCCGCUGUUCUUGUAGGAUGCGUCAAGGACUGGAGAGUUUUAUCGGAGUGGAAUCCAUACAGUGGCGGCCUUGACAAUCUUCAGGAAUGCGCAGGGUCAUGCAUUGUGGAAGCUAUGCUCACUAGAACGGCUCCUGUUUUUUAUGGCGACCUUAGAAGCCAUGAGAGAGUUCCGAUUCCAUUUUCUACCUUUAUUCAAUUUUGCAAGCUGCGUCUGCUAGAAAGGAGUCAAGGAAAUUUCGUUUCUUCCGAAUCAAAUUCUAACAGGUUGACCGGUCCUGAUUUGGAGAAAGACUGUUUGCCUUUUGAAGAUGAUCCUCAAAAAUUGUACUUAGCACAGGUGCCAAUUUUGGAUGUUAUAAAUGAAGAACGGGCACAAUUGGAACCGCUGAGAAAAAAUAUUCAAACACCUGUGUUUCUGGAGAAAAAGAAGGUAGCCUCUAUAAACCUUUGGAUGAACAGUGCUCAAUCUAGGUCAAGUACUCACUAUGACCCACACCAUAAUGUUCUAUGCAUAGUUUCUGGCAGAAAACGAGUAAUUUUGUGGCCACCUUCUGCAACUCCCCUACUGUACCCGAUGCAUAUUUACGGAGAAGCCUCUAAUCAUAGCUCUCUUGCGUUAGAAAAGCCUGACUAUUCACUUUAUCCAAGAGCAAAAUAUUCAAUGAAAUCCUCUCAGACAGUUAUUCUUCAAGCUGGUGAUGCACUUUUUAUUCCAGAAGGGUGGUUUCAUCAGGUUGAUAGUGAGGAUUUAACCAUUGCUGUUAACUUUUGGUGGCAAGCCCACAUGAUGUCUAGCAUGUCAGAGCACAUGGACGCAUAUUACUUGCGUAGAAUAUUGAGAAGAUUGAUGGACGGAGAAAUGAACAAAGUUUUGCGUGUGCCUUGCGCUCUUGCUGACAUGGACGAAACAAAGACUGAUGUAUCGAGUAUUAGAGGGAUGGCACUUGAAGGUGGGGAUUUGAAGGAGAAGGAGCUAAGAGAAGAAACUUCUUGUCAUGAACUUGAACCCUGCACUUCCCAAGCUCUGCAUGGGCUUAUUAAUUUAGUUCAUGACCACGUAAGUGUUUCUGAUCAAAUUGGAGCCCUACAAUCUAGUUCUACAAAAGGUUCUGCAGAUGAGGAGGAGAGGAUGAAGUUGACUAGUUUACCUAGCUUGGAGAAUGAUCAAGUAGCUACCUUUAUUUGGAAUUUGGAACCAUGUAUUCUUCAGAAGGUCCUUCUCACCAUGGCGAAUAACUUCCCAAGAACUCUAGAAGCUCUUAUACUGCACUUGCUUUCACCAGUUGGAGCAGAAGUUCUUACUCGAAAAUUUGAUCAGAUGGAUCAACGAAACACCAAGGAGGAUCAGAAAAGAUUCUACGAAGUUUUCUAUGGUUCAUUUGACGAUCAAUUUGCUGUGAUGGAUGCAAUUCUAAACAGGAAAGAGUCUUUUGCCCGUCAGGUUUUCAAGAGUGUGCUGGAUAAAUAUGUGGGAGUAAACUUAAAUGGGCCAAAUUCGGGAACUUGAAGAAGUCCUUUAAAGAAAUUGGUCCUGCAGAUUCUGGAGCAUAUCGAUGCUAUCCAUUUUCUAAAGCUUUUCCUCAGUUGGUACUUUUACUUAUAAGUUAUCCACAGCUAUAUAGAAUAUUAAUCUUUACCUACUCUAGGCAUUACUUUGUAAUUUAUUUCAGAUCCAUUUUAUUUUGUAAAUUUGUAUAGAGAAGGAAAUAAAAUGUUGCUUAUAAUCAGCGCCAUUUAAGUUUCAA